AGAUGAGAUACUGGAUGAGCAUGGCCAUAAAUCCAAUGUCUUGUAUUCCUUAAAGAGAAAUCUGGACACAGAGGAAACACAGGAAAAGGUCAUACAAUGACGGAGGCAGAAAACUAGAAUGAUGCAGCUGCAAGCCGAGGAAUGCCAAAGAUUGCCAGCAACCACCAGAAGCUACAGGAGGAGAAGAUUCUUCCCCUCAGGAGGAGCGCAGCUCUGCUAACCCCUGGAUUUCAGGCGUCUAGCCUCCAGAGCUGUGAAAGAACAAAUUUCUGCUGUUUUAAGUCACGCUGUGUGUGAUAAUUUGUUAGGGCAGCCCUGAGAAACUUAACAUCCUGAGAACGAUGAGCAUGAAGGCAGGGCCCAGGUGGCACCCCCAAAGUAGAGGCCUCUCCAUGUCCUUGGUCUCACCUUUCCGUGGCCUACCUAUAGCUUAACAAUAGAUCAUCCCCCUGUGGCUUAAGCUCGGAAUGUCCCCUGUCCCAUCCAGUUCCGUUUUAGAAAAUUACCCUGAAAUUUACGAUUAAUGCCCUUAGGCUUAUCGAUCACAAGCUAUCAGGCUAAUCCCAUCAUUGUUCCUGGGUUGCUGACUCCCCAUAGAAUCACGUGGACAGAGGGAAAGCUCCAUGCAGAGCCCUGGAACCAUCACGUAGCCUCUGGAGGAACGUCCAGAUUUUCCCUUAAAAACCCCAAGAUGGUCUGAGAAUGUUAAGACAGUUUUUGGAGGUUUUAACCUGCUGCCUUCUCAGACCACCAGUGCUCUGACAAUAAACGCUUAUUCUCUGACCCAAGUCCUGUGUCAUCUAUUGGCUGAGCGGCGUAGACAACACAGCCUGGGAUUCAUUUGGCCUCCGGUUUCAAGCAUGCUGUAGUGUUUAGCAGAGGCCUUCUGGGCCACCAUCCAGCCUUGGGCAACUGCUUUCUGAAGACCUGGGGUGCUGAUCAGAGCAAGGGAAGGGACUAACUGAAGGCAGUGGGUAGAGAGGACAGAAAGAGCUAAGUAUGGCCUGAGUAGAGAAUGCUCUAAAAACAAAGUUUACAGACUUUACGUUAAAGGGGUUUUUAAGGUCUCAUCAUAGAAAUAAUUUGCUUUAUGACAAAAAGGCUGAUCUGGGAGGUGGAGACAGUGGAGCGAGUGAGUGAAUGGAUAACUUUAUAAUAAAAUCUGCCUAUUUGGGAGGGAUUGUCUGUGUGUGGAUUUUCAUAGCACUCCUUAAGAUAACUGGAAACUCCAUGGUGUGAGCUGGGCUGAUGGACGGCUGGUGGGUCAUUUGGAUUCCUGUCCUGGAGGCCUGUUUCCUCAGUUGUUAAUGGUAUGGACACCGGAACAGACCACCUGGGUCUGAAUUUUGGCUCUGCCACUUACUGGCAAGUUAUUUCACCUCAUUUGACUUCCUCUCCUCAUCUGUAAAAUCAGAAUAGAAAUGGCACCUCGCUCAUAAGGUUGAGGAUUGAAAGAGUUAAUCUGCGUAAAUUGCUUAGAACAGGGUGGAAGAUGGAAAAUAGAAGCUUUAGCUGUGUUUAUCACCAUCAUCAUCAUCACCAUGUGCCAGGGAGGGACACCCAAGGAGUGAAUUAUGUGACCUUUAAUGAUUCUUCCAGAAAAAGGAGGUCCCACUAGGAAAAAGGAGAUGAUUGCAAAACCGACCGUUUGCUUGAAAAUAAGUCUGCAAAAUGAGUAAUGCUUGCUUCUCCUGAGCACAUGGAAUUUUCUAAAAGGCAGGGUAGUCUCAGAGACUCUUGAUCCUAGAAGUAAAGAAUAUGGGAUCCCUUGCGGGCUCCUAACCGGUUUACCCGGUCCUAUCUGGCUCUGCACCUAUCCGGCAGGCAUACAGUAGGUCCUAGUCAACAUAGACUGACAGAGGAAGGAAGAAACUAGCUGGGAUUGACUUUACUGGGCCUGCCCCAUAAGGAAGGCCCUAGGCGCCUCUGGCCAGGAAAGAAAGGGAGCGCCGCCCGGAGCGUCAGGAGUGCGGGUAUUAUUAGCACAGUUCCGAGCAUCCCUCCACGAAGUUGGCACAUUCACAAGAACCCGCUACGAAGGCCGAGUCGUAGAUAUUGCCCAGUUGGCUACGUAGGUGUGUGCUUUCUUGCAAUUUUGGGGUGAGCAGGGUUGGGACCGGAAACCGCGCCCACAAGGCCAGCCACCCUUACCUCUGCUUGAGGGUAAAGACGAAGCUUUAGUGUCUAUUUGAAAUGUAGGCACUGAUUGAAAAAUAACUUUGUACCCUAUUUAUUGGGCAUCAAGUUCCACCUUCCCAUGUUGCUCGUAGAUGACAUUGCUCCAGGCUGCGUGGGACACUCUCCGCAUUUUACCAAUCCGAGCGGGAGACUCCUGCUGGGCUGGUGCCUCGCAGAGCCCCGCCUUCGCAGAUAAUGAAGAUAUUCCGAUGUUGUCUUAAAUACCCUCUUCAGCAGAAAGUUUUCGUCCUGUUUUUAACCCUGUGGCUGCUCUCCUUGUUGAAGCUUCUAAAUGUGGGAAGACUCCUCUUCCCGCAAAGAGACAUUUACUUGGUUGAGUACUCCCUAAGCACCUCCCCUUUUGUAAGGAACAGAUACACCCGAGUUAAGGAUGAAGUCAGGUAUGAAGUUAACUGUUCGGGUGUCUAUGAACAGGAGCCUUUGGAAAUUGGCAAGACUCUGGAAAUCAGAAGAAGGGACAUCAUUGACUUGGACGAUGAUGAUGUGGUGGCAAUGACCACCGACUGUGACACUUAUCAGACCCUAAGAAGGUACCAUCAAAAGCUUGUUUCAAGAGAGGAGCAAAGCUUCCCAAUAGCCUAUUCGUUGGUUGUUCACAAAGAUGCAAUUAUGGUUGAAAGGCUGCUCCAUGCUAUAUACAACCCGCAGAAUAUUUACUGCAUCCAUUAUGACCAGAAGUCACAUGACACCUUCAAAGUUGCCAUGAACAAUUUAGCUAAGUGCUUCUCCAAUAUUUUUAUUGCUUCCAAAUUAGAGACUGUACAAUAUGCACACAUUUCCAGGCUCCAAGCUGAUUUAAAUUGCUUGUCAGACCUUCUCAAGUCUUCAGUUCAGUGGAAAUAUGUUAUCAACUUGUGUGGGCAAGACUUUCCUUUGAAGUCGAACUUUGAAUUAGUAUCAGAGCUGAAGAAACUCAAUGGGGCAAAUAUGUUAGAGACGGUGAAACCCCCGAACAGUAAAAUGGAAAGAUUCACUUAUCACCAUGAACUCAGACAGGUGCCUUAUGAAUAUGUGAAGCUACCAGUAAGGACAAACGUUAUCAAAGAAGCUCCCCCUCAUAACAUUGAGAUAUUUGUUGGCAGUGCUUACUUUGUUUUAAGUCGAGCAUUUGUUAAAUAUGUUUUCAACAACUCCCUUGUUAAAGACUUUUUUGCCUGGUCUGAAGAUACAUACUCGCCUGAUGAGCAUUUUUGGGCAACCUUAAUUCGAGUACCAGGAAUACCUGGGGAGAUUUCUAGGUCAGCCCAGGAUGUGUCUGACCUACAGAGUAAGACCCGCCUUGUCAAAUGGAAUUAUCAUGAAGGUCAUUUCUAUCCCAGUUGUACCGGCUCUCACCUCCGAAGUGUGUGUAUCUAUGGAGCAGCAGAAUUAAGGUGGCUUAUACAAAAUGGACAUUGGUUUGCUAAUAAAUUUGAUUCUAAGGUAGACCCUGUCUUGAUUAAAUGCUUGGCAGAAAAGCUUGAAGAACAACAGAUAGAGUGGAUCACUUUAUCUUCAGGAAAGUUGUUUACGGAUAAAAAUCCCACAAUCAUGUCAUGAUAGAAUCAUGAUGGAAAUAAGGUGUCUGAUAAACGGUGUUAAUAUGGAGUUGUAUACCAUACCAUGUCCAGUACCAUCUGAGCUUCACCUUAUCUGAAAGGUGUCUGAAAUUCCACACACAAGGGAAAGUGACCUAGCCUUUGGUGACAGUUAACCUGCAGUCGGUUGGGUACUUUUGUUUGUUUUUGCCUGUAAUCUCACUGAGCUAAAUCAGAGAUCUUAAACAAUCCUUAAAUAUUUAUUGAGCUUCUACUGUAUAUCAGGCACUUUUUCAGAAAUGUGCAUCAAUUAAAUCCAAGUUUUAAUGAGUUAUGUAGUGCCCUCAAGGGACUGUUUUACCCUACUCAUAUAGCAACCUUAAUAUCUUAAGUUCUCCAUAUAACAAUCAGGAUCCUACUGAAGAAGUUUUGGAGUGUGUGAUAAUCACCCAUAUAAACCACCCAUUGCAGAAUAGCAUUUAAGUACAGUGAUCAACACUCCACUUGUCUUUUAAUUGAACUCCCUGGAAUUUUUCUAACUAUUUUUCUAGAAUAUUAGAUGGAGAGACUCCACUACCUCAGAAGAGCUCAAAAGAUGUUCCAAAUUCCUGCUUGUCAGAGCAUAAUUUACCUCUUGGUGCCUCACUCAUUCAGUUCAGGGUCGGGGGAAACUCUGUGGGUGGGGCAUUCGUAGUGUCUGAAUGUUAGGGAGGUGGUAGGGGGUGGGUAGGGGGAUUGGGGCAGGCGGUGCCUGAGGAGGAGCAAACGUAUUUAUGUGACUUUCGCAUCAUGUUACACAGUGGUGUCAUCAUGGCCUCCUUUUUAAUUCAACUGUUUCUUUAAAACACAUUUACUGAUUAAAAAUGAGAACUGAUUAGUAGUCAAAUUGUUAUAGUCCAUAACAUGGAACCUAAGUCUUUCAGUUCAUAGAUUAUCAUUAUAUGUAAGUUUUUUUACAAUGGAAUCAGUAUAAUUUUGUUUUCUGGAACUACCAAGCUAAGAGUCUGAAUGUCCUCGAAAAGGUUAUAUGAACUAUAACAGCUUUCUAAAUUAAUUAUUAUGGUCAUUUAAAAUUUUUUCUUCUCCAACAACUGUCCAAGUGGAACCCAAACUUAAAAAUUAUGAAAGCUCUAAGUUCAUUGCAGUCUUUUUCUCAGCUUAGAUCCAGAGAGAAAAAGCUCAUUUUCCUAAGGACAUAGCAAGAAUAUUCAUUAAAGAUAUUUUGUGAAACCUACAUUUUACAGAACUACCAAAUACUUGUAUUUUAAUGUAACCAUGCUAUGCUGGAGGUGAACCUGGGCAGGAGCAGAGUUCUGAGAACAGGCUAUAACAUAUUUACUAUAUCUCUUGGGAAGUCAUGGAACUCAUGUAAAAAUUUCUUCGUAAUCUUAGGUUUCAAUGUCAGCCUCAGUAACUAAAAGACAUAGUGAUCAAGGCCAGUGUGAGACUGUUCGGAAGACUGAAGUAUUUGAGUAUUUUUUUAAAAUGUCUGUGUUCUAAAUGUCUGUGAAAUGAACGUUGUUUGUUUUAAAGCUCAUGAUACUAACUGCCAAGCAGCACCACUUCCCUCCCUUUCUUCUCUUGAACUCAUUUUUCUUCCUUUUCCCUACCCCCUUCCAAUUACUUCAUUCUUCAGAAAACAGCUAUUAUCAAGUCCCUGUUCUUAAAGAAAUGAGUAACUGUUGGACAGAGCUGAGUUCUGUCGAGCGUCCUUACCAGUCCACUAGUGUGUGUGACCGUGACAAGCUGGCCCUUUGGUUUCUGUCAGCCUGUUCCUGGUCGUUGAAGUGAGCACUUGGUUGCCUAUCCUGGCUGCCUCACAAGUUUAUUGUGAGAAUCAAUUGAAAUAGUGUGUGAAGUGGUUUGAACAUGGGGAUAAACUAUUGACAUGUCAGAGAGCAGUCUUGCUAUAAGGCCCACAUAGAUCCAACCCCAUGGUGAGACUGCACCAUUUACCUUUUCUGAAAACCUUUGAAAUAUAAAAAGAAGCCACAACUGUAGGGGCACCUUCUGUAACCCAAUCCAAGUAAGAGGAAACUCCAGUCACCACAUCGGUGGCUUUUUUCUAAGCCAAUAGGAUUAGGAAAUAGGUCCCGUGGCUUAGAUCAGGAAUAGGGGUGGAAAUAUUUUUCCUAUCAUCCAGGCUUAAAUAAAUACAGAAGGUCCUGGUGAAAUCUUGGUUUUAUGCCUUUGGUCCUCAGAGCAAAUGUAAAUGCUGAAAAAUAAAUGUUGACCUCCUGGUCCAGCAUGUUGCUUCCUGGUGAGAAAUGACUCUAUCCCUUGUUUAUUGGGAAAAUUCCCAGUUGUGAAUCAGUAAUGUCGUGUUCAAAUGAAACAUGGAACAUGAAGAGGUGGUAGUGCCUUCUUUUUCCCGUUGACAGACACACUUCUCGGGAUUCAAUUCCUAACCUUGCAGGGAGCUGCUCAGAACAUGCUUUUGCCUCAAGAACCCUGCAGAGUCCCUGCAUGCCUUCCAAACUGAUCCUUCCCUAAAGCCCUUCGUGUGAGUCCCUCUAGUAUGGAGAAUGGUCUGCAGUCUGUGUUUUAUAAUUAUUUGUUGCAUAGUAUUUAUUGAAUCUAGACUCUAAGUUGUUUGGUAAUGAGACCAGGACCUUGGCAUUUGUAAAUGGUAUUCGAUAAUAUUAAUAGUGAAAGCGCUACCAAAAUAUAUAUAUUAUGUGAACAAACUACUGUAAUAUAAUACUGUGUUGCUGCUAUUCUUAAUGUUCUGGUUAUUUUAAGUGAAAAAAAAAGAAUAUACAUAUAUAUGUAUUUAAAUUUGUAGAGUUAAAUUUGAAGAUUUCUCUUGCCUUCCAGAAUGUGAAUUUUUUAUAUUCUAUGAAAUGACAAUCUUCUUUGAGAAUGUAAAGUGAAUGUACCGUAUGUAUACACAACUGUUUUUGGUGGUGGUGGUGGUGGUGAGAAUGAUGAUGGAAUGAGAGUUUUGAUUUUUUUUUUUUUAACAUUUUUAUCAGCUGGUCUCUAAGUCUCGUGUGUGUGUGUGUGUGUGUGUGUGUAUUUUACUAUUUUCAAAAUAAAUUUCCCAUUAUGUGAGUUUUGAAUAGAUUGAUAUUGCCUUUUUGUAUUUGCUGCUACUAAAUGUUAACUCUCCCGUGUUGUAAAAUAAAAUAUGUUCCAAAAACCAAA